AUGGGGUAUUUGGACCAAUUAGCUGAGGUACGUGCAGCCAUACUGGAGAGAUCAAUCGAAAGCGAUAUAGCUUCUGGGAGAUCAUUUGAGGUACCAGCAUUGCAAGCCAAUGUUGCAGAUCUGUGGAGGGAUGUAGACUAUCUGAAGUCUGUUGACUUCAAUGAAUUGAUGAAGACAAUUGAGCAUCAAGAUGCCCUUGCAGAUGUGCAGAUGGAUUAUACAUCGCCAACUGAGACGACCACAGAAGCUCCUACGGGACCUGGCACUAUUGUUCUUGUUGAGAAUCCUCCAGGAACUGAUGAACAAUCAGACUGGCGCUCAGAGUUGGUUAUGACAAAAUCCGAGUUGAAUAAGUUGUGUAUGGAUGAGAAUGAUUCAAUGAUUAAUGGGAAAGUGCGAUGCAAGCAUGGAAUUUUAUAGCAAAUGCAGACGUCUUGAUCAGAUCGCAUUCCCGGAAGACGAUUUUUGUCUUGUCCUCACUAUGAGGCCACAAACUGUAAUUUCUUUAUAUGGAGAGACAAGGAGAGAGUCGAUGAAAGAUCUCUAUUUAUUCUUCCAAAAUUGGUGAAUGGGAUUAAGGAGUUAGAAAUAAAUUAUGAGCAUGUGAAGAUGCAAUUAGAACAACUUGAUAAUUCCAUUAUUGAAAAGUCAAAACAAGAGAAAAUUCCUUUGGAUGAAGGUGAAAGUCUUCGAAAUCGUUAUGAAAAUCUCAACAUAAAUUCAAAGGAUAAGGGUGACAAUGUAAAAGAAAUGGGUGAUUUGAAAGAGAAGAAGAUGAAAGGGACGAAAAUGAAGAAAACAGAUAAAGGUUGUCAUUUUGGGAAAUUCCUUUGUUGUUUGAUAAUUUAUUAUGUUGUUAUAUUUGUUAGAUUUCUAACCCAAGUUGGUAGGUUUAAUGAUCAUAUGAAAUUGCAAUAA